ACAGAGACUGGGGGAGAGAGUGGGAGCUGCAGGCUGUUAGAAACAGAGUGAAAAGGAGAGACCAGCAGCACUAGGCAGCAUCACUUCUGUCUCUAUCUGUCAUCUGUUGGAUGUUCCUUGGCACAGCUGUAUGGGUGCUGCUGCCUGCGAGUGGAUCCUCUCGCUCGGUGACUUUGAGUGCCUUAGUGCGUAGCCCACAUUAGAGUGUCCCAGCAGCUACGUACAAGUCUGUUUUGAACUGUUCUGGUUAUGGUGUUGCCACACAUUAGUGAAGGUUUGACCAGUUUUUCUGUGGACUUGACUCAACACCAAUGAUCCCCAGCCAUCCCUGGCAUACCCUCUCAUUAAGAUGGGAAAUGCUUCUGAAACAUUUCUGCUUGUGUCAAGAAUAUCAAAAGAUCUUGACUUCCUCAUGGGAACUAUCUACACCAUUUUUGGGAUGCUAUCGGUGGUGGGAAAUGGUAUCCUGAUGUUUGUGGCCUAUAGAAAGAAGUCCUCCCUGAAGCCUGCAGAGUUCUUUGUGGUUAACCUGGCUGUCAGUGACCUGGGAAUGACCAUAUCCCUGUUUCCAUUGGCUAUCCCCUCAGCCUUUACUCACAUGUGGCUUUUUAAUGAGACAACCUGUAUUGUCUAUGCCUUCUGUGGUGUUCUGUUUGGACUGUGUAGUCUGACCAACCUUAUGGUGCUCUCAUGUGUCUGCUGGCUCAAGGUCUGCUGCCCAAACUAUGGUAACAAGUUCUCCUACUGCCACGCAUGCCUUCUGGUUGCUGGGACCUGGUGCUACUCUGGAAUUUUUGCUGUAGGUCCCCUGUCAGGCUGGGGAGACUACGGGCCCGAGCCUUACGGUACAGCAUGCUGCAUCAACUGGCAUUCUCCAAGCCAAGACUCUGCAGCUAUGAGCUACAUCCUCUGCCUCUUUUUCUUCUGCUACAUUGUGCCCUGCACUGUCAUCUUUCUGUCCUACACAUUCAUUCUGCUGACCGUCCAGGGCUCCCAGCAGGCAGUGCAGCAGCACAUGUCCCCACAGAACAAAAUCCCCAAUGCACAGGCAUUUAUCAUUAAGAUUUCAGUGGCAGUUUGCAUUGGUUUCCUGACAGCAUGGAGUCCAUAUGCCAUUGUGGCCAUGUGGGCAGCCUUUGGUAACCCAACAACUGUACCACCCAUGGCUUUUGCUCUUGCAGCUAUCUUUGCCAAGUCCUCCACCCUUUACAACCCUAUUAUCUAUCUGGUCUUCAAGCCCAACUUCCGCAAGUCCCUGUGUCAGGAUGUGGCCAAGUGCAGGACGACACUCUGUGGCUGUCUGUGUCAGGACAGCUUUGUACAGAAGGGAACUUGCAGGAAAUCCAGGUUCUCAAAUGGGCUACCGGAGAACCACCGGACCUGCAGAGACUGUCCUUACCCUGAAACAGUUAUAGUACCAGAGAAAACUUUACAAAAUACAGCCCCCAGCAGACUUUUAAAGGAUCAAUACAAUUUAAGGGUUGCUGUUAGUCAGCUCUCCAAUGAGUUGCAGAGUGACUUCCUUUAGGGAACAAACAAAGUCCGACAGUGGGAAGGCAAAUAAAAAGAGGAGUAAGGGAGAAAAAGACAGCAAGAAUGAAGGUCAAAGGACAUUAACUGCAAGGAAAAACAGUUUUUCCUUUUCUUUUUGUGAAAAACAAAAAGAUAACCAUUGAAUGAAGGAAAAGAGUUUAAAACUUUAAAAGUCAAAGUUAAGAACUCCAAAAUGGUGAUCUUGCCAAAAAAAGGCAAAAAAGUUAGAAACCAAUAGAGAAGGAUAAGUGAGCUGAACAGCCAACAUGCAACCACAAUAUUUAAUCAGGUCAAAAUAACGCACUUCAAUAACUAUCCGAUCACCUUGACUGAUCAACAUUGAGCUUUUAUGUAUUCGUCACGACUACUGUAGUUCAUGAUG